UCCAUAUGAACUAUAAUACCUUAAAGGAUAAAUGGAAUGUGAAUGAAUUGCAUAGUAUGCUCGUGCAAGAGGAGACAAGGCUUAAGAAUCAAGGAACUCAUUCUGUUCAUCUCGUAAGUCAUCAAGGAGCUGGAAAGAAAUAUAAGAAAAGAUCUGGAAAGGGCAUUAAGCAAGGACCACUAAAGAUAAAUGAGUCUUCUGCCCAUAUCCACAAUAAGGAACACAAAAAGGAUACGUGCCAUUUCUGUCGCAAACCUGGGCACCAUAAAAAGGAUUGCCUGAAACGUAAGGCAUGGUUCGAAAGUAAAGGGAUUCCUUUCAACCCAGACCAUAAAUCCAAAUGAAAAGUUUGUCCUCAUGGGAAAUCGAGUCAAAGCUCUAGUUGAAGCCAUUGGAACUUAUCGUUUGAUUUUAGAUACUGGACAUCAUUUAGAUUUAUUUCAGACUCUAUAUGUACCUUCUAUUUCUCGUAAUUUAGUUUCCUUAUCAAAACUUGAUUCUGUUGGAUAUUUCUUUGAUGGUGGA